GAUCGGGACGUACCGGCUCCGAAUCGCACCCCCAAGUUCUCGAGAGUAGACUGCUAGUCCUCUCGCUUAUCCAUACCGAUUAAGGAACCAUGCCAUCCCAGCCCCGGAUUUUUCAGCUUGGCCAAGCACCACUCACUUCCCAUUCUUUCAAUGCCACUCGCGAUCAUGUUGCCGCAAGCUUAAACUCUCAUGAGGCCACUAUAUUCGCUUUUGACGGGACGGAAUGGAAGCCGGAGGAGGUUCUCGCUGAGCAUGACAAGCUCAUCACCUCGAUCGACUGGGGUCACCUCACGAAUCGCAUUAUUACUUGCUCCCAGGAUCGCAACGCCUACGUUUGGAGUGAAGUACAGGACCCUCAGACGGGAGGAUUGACCUGGAAGCCGACCCUUGUACUACUCCGCAUCAACCGGGCAGCCACAUACGUGCGGUGGAGUCCCAAAGAAGACAAGUUCGCUGUAGCGAGCGGCGAUCGUGCGAUUGCCGUUUGCUCCUUUGAUGCAGAGAAUGAUUGGUGGGUUGCCAAGCAUCUCAAGAAGCCCAUCCGAUCGACCGUACUCUCCAUCGAUUGGCACCCGAAUAAUGUCCUCCUGGCGGCGGGAAGUGCGGAUAACAAAGCCCGCGUUCUUUCUGCAUACAUUAAGGACAUCGACAAGCGACCCCCUCCCAGUGUCUGGGGAGAAAAACUUCCCUUCAACACCAUAUGCGGGGAAUUUAGUAGUCCUACCGGUGGCUGGGUGCACUCUGUUGGGUUCUCACCCUCAGGAGAUGCGCUUGCAUUCGCUAGCCAUGAUUCGUCUAUUACUGUGGUUUAUCCUGGAACUGGCGGCUUUUUCAAUGUCCGAACACCGAGCUUGCCGUACGUGACGCUCGCCUGGACCUCAGAGCAAAAUCUUGUCGCAGCUGGCCACGACUGCCAACCAGUCAUUUUUCAAGGGGACGCGACGAACGGAUGGUUUUUGGGUCAAAGCUUAGACGACGCCGCAUCUCGCUCUGCAUCUACCCUAACGCCCACUGCCACUGGGACGAGCGCUCGUUCCACUGGCGUAGGAAGACUGAACAACGAGGCAUUCUCCAGGUUCAAAAAUGCGGAUUCAAGGGGUACCCCUGGCCUUCCUUCUGGGCUAGGCGGAAACUCGCUUGGUGGAGGUGGCGAACUGUUCACUGUCCAUCAGAACACGAUUACUUCCAUUCGGCCUUUUACAGCCGAUGCAGAUGGUGCCGUUCCGAGCGUGAGCACUUCUGGGAUGGAUGGGAAACUUGUGAUCUGGAAUGUGCCUAGCAGAGUGGUACCUGCCGCGCAAUUGACGACGAAAUUAGGUGGCCUCCAUCUUCGUUAAAUCGGCUCUUGGAGAGGUCAAUAGCAACCGCCACACAGCUGUAGGGUACAGACUAGGACAACCGUAUGAUUACAUAAAACUAUAAAUGAUUAUUUUGUGUAGUGAUGAUUCUCAUCUGGAUUCGGAAUGCCAUAUUAGCUGGCCAAAUACAGUCCGUU